AUGGAAAUACAAGAAGAAGAGAAACUGAGUGUGCCGACCGAUUUUACGAAUGGUAACGCGCAGAACAACCUUGUGCCACCAUCACAUUUUGCAUCUACUCUUUAUUCUGGUGGAGUACACAGAUCUACAGGAGGGAAGAUGCCAGGAACGACUUCUCCAAUUAACUGGACCAAACCUAGUCUAACUUCAUUACCCCUCGCUCCAGACCAGAACUACGGCAAUUAUGGUCUCACCAUCUCUCAAACACAACAGGAAAUAUUCAAGCUGAAGAAGGACAACCAGAAGCUUAAGAUGCAACUAUCAGAAAAGAGAGAUUAUAGUGGAAGACCCAUGGAGAAAAGUGAGUUGUGGGCCUCACAAUGGCGUCUGGAGGAGGACAAUUACAAGGCUGAAGCUGAGCAGUUGAAAGGGCAGAUACAAAUAUUGAAAGAAUCAGCUACUGUCCACAGAGAAGAAAUAAGGGAUAAAGACAUACUUCUUAACAGACAGUCACAUGAGUUGGAGGUGGCACUCGAGGAGUUGCACAAGACUAAAGCAGAAUUGUGCCUCGUCAGAGAGGAGCUGUCUCAAACCCAAGUUCUGAAAGAUAAACUAUGUUCACAGUUUGAGAAUUUCAAAAUAAAUUCAAGUGAGGAAAUGCAAAAGUUGAGCAGAGACCUAAAGAUUUGCAGGGAAGAGGCAAUGGAUUUGAGGGUGAAAGCAGACCGAUGCAGGCAACAUGCAGAGGAAGCCAUCAAACAACAAUCCCAAAGAUUCUCUGAACAACUAGAGGAGUUGAAGAGGAGUCAGCAAGUCGAAGUACAAACAUUGACUUCUUCACAUAAUGCUGAGCUACAAGAAAUCUUGAGGGAAAAUCAUGAGCUACAAGGCCGACAUCAGAUCAUAUCCUCAGAGAUGCUGCAGCUUAAAGGCAGACUGACAGAAGAAUCAUCUGAGAAAGACCAACUUCAACAUAAUCUAUGCCAAAUGAGACAAACUUUUGAGACACAGUCCGCAACUCUGCAUAGCCUCAGAAAUUACAUUGGGCAGCUCGUCCCAGAAAGUGCAGAGAAGGAUCGACUUAAUGAAGCGGUUGAGCGACUGAACAAAGAGAAAGCAGCUCUCCAGAUGACUGCUGAGCUUUUGACAAUAAGGCUCAACUCUUUAAAUGAGAUCCUUUCUCUCCAAGAAGACAAAAUAAUAAAGAAGAACUCCACAGAUUCAAUUGUGAAAAAUGGAUCUGUGCAUUUGUUGCAACUCUGGAGAGAAAAAGUCUUCAAAUUGUGUGUUCAACUUCGAUCUAAGGACAUUGAGUUAAAAGAAGAAAAGAAUGAAUUACUUUCACGGGUCAAAGGAUUAGAGUGGCAGGUCCAGGAGGAACAACACCGGGUCUGUGUGCUCCAACACAGUCUGGAAGACAAGACUGCUGCACUUGAUCUGGAGCGAGUAGAAAAAGAGACUUUAAAACAAAACUUGGCACAGAGUCAAAAGGAAAAUGUUCAAUUACAACUACAGACUGAGAAAGACAAGAAAGACUUAAAGUAUCUGUCAGAAGCUAUGCACAGAUUCAGUUUGAUUUUUACAGAAAAGGUAUCAAUAAUUGAAGUUGCACAAGACAAAUUGAAUGUGGGUUUACAAAGAGUAACAUUUGCUAAAAGACAAGUAGAGACCAUACAAGGACUCAUCUUGAGAAGAGCAGCUCUUCAGAAAGUGCAGCAAUCGACUAAACAAGCAGAACCAUCGACUGACCGCAGCAUCAGAAGCCUGCAGACAGAGUUGCGCUUGGUGUCUGAGGAAAGAGACAAACUCACACUGGAGCUCAAACGAACCCCUGGGCUGAUAGAAAAAGUGCUCUCUGAUCUCAAAGCACAAUAUGAAAGCAGACUGAUGCAGAAGAAUCAGGCUCUAGAACAGAGUUUGCAGGACACCCAGGAGGCUGUGUCUGAACGGGACCAGGCCCAGAAGAGGCUGGAUCUGAUCCAGGACCAGCUGCAGCAAACGGAGGUCAAACUGGAGCACCUCAGCUGUGAGCUCCUCUCUCAGCAGGAGAGUAGCCAGAGCGCCCUAGAGGAGAGAGUGUCUGAGAUUGAGGAAUGCUGUGCUGCUAAGUUAAAAGACAUGGAGGAUCAAGUCAACAGAGCCAGAGCCGAGCACACCAGAGCAGUAAUGACGCUGCGCCACUUUGAAAGACUGGCGGCCAAAAAGAAGGAACAUUUGCCAAAAACCCAUGCACAUACUGAGCCUGUGGUUCCUGUAACUGACCUCAUAAACCGCUUGGCUGUACAACACAGCGCUGCUGUCAGGGAACAAAGAGAAGCCACUUCGCAGAUGCCAUCCCUGAUGCCAAAAGGUCACCUACCUGGAGAUGAACGCCUCCUGUGUGUGCUGGAGGAGCUUCAGAGCCUGAGUGCUGCAGUGGUGGACAGCUCUGAGGACUCUGCAGAGGAGGAACAUGCCGCCCAGGACAAUGAUAUAAAAGAUUAA